GAGACCAGGGCGCAUGCGUAACAGGGCUUGACAGAGCGCGGAGGAAAAAUCCGCGAGAAGGUGGUGGAAGAAGAUGGCGGUGCUGGGGCAGAGUUUGCGAUCUUUUUAAAAUAGGCUAGUCGGGGGACUAUUCGGGUCAUGGCGUCAAACUCAACUAAGUCUUUCCUGGCAGAUGCCGGCUAUGGCGAACAGGAGCUGGAUGCUAACUCUGCCCUUAUGGAAUUAGACAAAGGUCUAAGAUCUGGCAAACUUGGUGAACAGUGUGAAGCAGUCGUUCGCUUUCCCAGACUCUUUCAGAAAUAUCCAUUCCCUAUUCUCAUCAAUUCUGCAUUCCUAAAGUUAGCAGAUGUUUUCAGAGUUGGAAACAAUUUCCUGAGGCUGUGUGUUCUUAAAGUUACUCAACAAAGCGAGAAGCAUUUGGAGAAGAUUCUAAAUGUGGAUGAAUUUGUGAAGAGAAUUUUCUCUGUGAUUCAUAGUAAUGAUCCUGUUGCAAGAGCCAUCACACUCCGGAUGUUGGGAAGUCUGGCAUCAAUAAUUCCUGAGAGGAAGAAUGCUCAUCAUAGUAUUCGUCAGAGUCUGGACUCACAUGAUAAUGUAGAAGUCGAAGCUGCCGUUUUUGCUGCUGCAAACUUCUCUGCACAGUCAAAGGAUUUUGCUGUAGGAAUCUGUAACAAAAUCAGUGAAAUGAUUCAAGGUUUAGCCACACCAGUAGACUUGAAACUGAAGUUAAUCCCCAUCCUCCAGCACAUGCAUCAUGACGCCAUCCUGGCAUCCAGUGCACGUCAGCUUUUACAGCAGCUGGUCACAUCCUAUCCCUCCACCAAAAUGGUGAUUGUUUCUUUGCACACCUUUACGCUGCUUGCCGCUUCAUCUUUGGUCGAUACGCCUAAGCAGAUUCAGCUUCUAUUGCAGUAUUUGAAGAAUGAUCCUAGGAAAGCAGUAAAGAGACUUGCUAUUCAAGAUCUGAAAUUACUUGCCAAUAAAACACCACACACUUGGAGCAGGGAAAACAUUCAGGCACUCUGUGAAUGUGCCCUCCAGACUCCUUACGACAGCCUGAAACUUGGAAUGCUGUCUGUCCUUUCCACACUGUCAGGGACCAUUGCCAUCAAACAUUACUUCAGCAUAGCUUCUGGAAAUGUGGGUUCCUCCCCCAGAUCCUCUGACUUGGUCAGAUUAGCCCAAGAGUGCUGUUACCAUAAUAACAGAGGCAUUGCAGCUCAUGGAGUACGAGUCCUAACUAAUAUAACGGUCUCUUGUCAAGAAAAAGACCUUUUGGCACUGGAACAAGAUGCUGUCUUUGGCCUGGAAUCCCUUCUGGUACUUUGUAGUCAAGAUGAUAGUCCAGGUGCUCAAGCCACUUUAAAGAUUGCUCUAAAUUGUAUGGUGAAGUUGGCCAAGGGCAGGCCUCAUCUUAGCCAAUCAGUGGUUGAGACCCUGUUGACCCAACUGCACAGCGCUCAGGAUACAGCGCGUAUCCUCAUGUGCCAUUGCCUGGCGGCCAUUGCCAUGCAGCUGCCAGUGCUGGGUGAUGGCAUGCUUGGGGACCUCAUGGAGCUCUAUAAGGUGAUCGGGCGAUCAGCCACAGACAAACAACAAGAACUUCUGGUGAGUCUGGCCACUGUGAUUUUUGUGGCCAGUCAGAAAGCACUAUCUGCCGAAGUAAAAGCAGUAAUUAAGCAGCAGCUUGAAAGUGUCUCCAAUGGAUGGACCGUUUACCGAAUUGCCAGACAGGCAUCCAGAAUGGGUAACCAUGACAUGGCCAGAGAGCUUUAUCAGAGUUUGCUGACUCAGGUUGCCUCAGAACAUUUCUACUUCUGGCUGAAUAGUUUGAAGGAGUUCUCACAGGCAGAACAGUGCCUCACCGGGUUGCAAGAGGAGAACUAUAGUUCAGCACUUUCUUGCAUUGCUGAGUCUUUAAAAUUCUACCACAAAGGGAUUGCUUCCUUAACAGCUGCCAGUACACCACUGAAUCCUUUAAGUUUUCAGUGUGAAUUUGUAAAACUCAGGAUUGACCUUCUACAGGCCUUCUCUCAACUUAUCUGUACUUGUAAUAGCCUCAAGACAAGCCCUCCACCUGCAAUUGCCACAACAAUUGCCAUGACCUUAGGGAGUGACCUUCAGAGAUGUGGCCGCAUCUCCAAUCAGAUGAAACAGUCCAUGGAAGAAUUCCGAAGCCUUGCUUCCCGAUAUGGGGAUCUGUAUCAGGCAUCUUUUGAUGCUGAUUCGGCAACCUUGAGGAAUGUGGAACUACAACAGCAGAGCUGUUUACUGAUAUCUCAUGCAAUAGAAGCCUUGAUUUUGGAUCCAGAAUCAGCAAGUUUCCAGGAAUAUGGAUCUACUGGAACCACCCAUGCAGACAGUGAAUAUGAGCGGAGAAUGAUGUCUGUAUAUAAUCAUGUCCUGGAGGAAGUGGAAUCACUCAAUCGGAAAUAUACCCCGGUUUCUUACAUGCAUACAGCAUGCCUCUGCAAUGCCAUCAUUUCCCUGCUGAAAGUUCCUCUUUCAUUUCAGAGAUACUUUUUCCAGAAACUGCAGUCUACCAGCAUCAAGCUUGCUCUGUCGCCAUCCCCACGGAACCCUGCAGAGCCCAUCGCUGUCCAGAACAACCAGCAGCUGGCACUAAAGGUAGAGGGCGUGGUUCAACACGGAUCUAAACCAGGACUCUUUCGCAAAAUUCAGUCCGUCUGUCUGAAUGUUUCUUCCACGCUACAGAGUAAAUCUGGACAAGACUACAAGAUACCCAUUGACAAUAUGACCAAUGAGAUGGAGCAGAGGGUUGAACCUCAUAAUGAUUACUUCAGUACUCAAUUUCUGUUGAACUUUGCUAUCCUUGGGACACACAAUAUUACAGUGGAAUCUUCAGUAAAAGAUGCCAAUGGUAUUGUAUGGAAGACAGGUCCCAGAACUACCAUAUUUGUAAAAUCCCUAGAAGACCCUUAUUCCCAGCAAAUUCGCCUACAACAACAGCAAGCCCAGCAACCAUUACAACAGCAGCAACAACGAAAUGCCUACUCAAGAUUUUAGCCACAUGAAGAAUGCACUACUGGCUUUAUAGGAAUGGAUCAAAUGGACAAAAAUAAUUUGGUUUUUCAUAUGGAUUAAGAUAUAAAAGUUAGAAUGUAGAGUCCAUUUAUUCAUUGGUUUCUAUAAUGUAAUGCUCUGGUGGGGGGAAGGGUUUGUUUUUCCUUAAAAAUUUAAUGUGAGAAAUCACUGGGUUCCUAGCCAGUAAGAUUUUUUUCCUUGUUCCUUCUUAAACCAAAUCCUUUAUCAUUUGUUUGACAUUUUCAUUGUUUUAUUAUUGUAUUUCUGUUGCUGAGCCUUUUCUUACUCUUUCAAGAAAAGUCAUGUAUUGGGAUCACUGACUUAAUAGAUUUGACUGCCUCUCCACCAAAACAAUCACUUGCUACCUGGCACAGACCUUGGGGAGUUCUGACCAGUCAGUACAAAGUUUAUCUGUGGUUGCAGAAACCGAGUUCUUCCAUAGGUGGACUUCAGUGUGUCCCCUGAAUUCCAGUUUUCUGGAUUUUGAGAGCUUACAAUCUAGCAGAAUUGAAACAUCCAGCUAUAUUAUUUCAACUACUUAUCUACCUUUUCUGUGCUGACACGAUCUUAAUUUAUUGUUUUAGUAUUUAAUUGACCCAAAAAACAGCUAACAAUUACAUACAAAAAUUGGAGAUUAAUCCUUUGUGUUUUCUAGUGUGUGUGUGGUUUUGUUAAUAGUGUAGACUUUUUUUACAUUAUUUCCAAGAGUGAAAACAAAUCACUCACAUUUACUAUCUUAAUGUUUUAAAUUAGGAGGGCAGAUCUUUUGAUUGGUUUGGUUUCUUCUUGGCAAGUUAUGUAAUGCUAGACUUGAUUGUCUAGAAAAAACAGCCUCUUUAUAACAACCUCAAUUAGUUGGGAUGCUCAGGGAAUAGAAGUUUUCUGGUUAGCCAGGAAACCCCUUUUUUUCUAUUUCAAUACUGGUUGAAAAUCAUUAUAAAAUAAAAUAAUAAUAAACUUUCUUGUCUUAACACAGUAUACUAGAUGUAAUUUACCUGUUCAAUCUUCAUUUGGGAUCAUUUCAGUACUCGGGAUCAUGGUUUCUAAACAUCAGGGAUCAUAGAGUCGCAGAUGGUUGUUGAUGAUAUGGGCAGUUGGGCUGUGAUCCAACUUUUUAAAUAAAUCUCACCUUUUCUUUGCUUG